AAGCCGUCACCUGCCUGAGGGCACUUCUAGCCCAGCCAGCAUCAAACCAGGCCUCGUCAGAGCCCAAGUCCCAGCCCUCCCAGUGCCGAGGCCCCGGCGCCAUGUUUGGGAAGAAGAAGAAGCGGGUGGAGAUCUCGGCGCCGUCCAACUUCGAGCACCGCGUGCACACGGGCUUCGACCAAAAUGAGCAGAAGUUCACGGGGCUGCCCCGCCAGUGGCAGAGCCUGAUCGAGGAGUCGGCUCGCCGGCCCAAGCCGCUGGUCGACCCCGCCUGCAUCACCUCCAUCCAGCCCGGGGCCCCGAAGACCAUCGUGCGGGGCAGCAAAGGUGCCAAGGAUGGGGCCCUCACGCUGCUGCUGGACGAGUUUGAGAACAUGUCGGUGACACGCUCCAACUCCUUGCGGAGAGACAGCCCGCCGCCACCCGCCCGUGCCCGCCAGGAAAACGGGAUGCCGGAGGAACAGGCCGCCACGGCCAGAGGGGGCCCAGGGAAGGCGGGCGGCCGAGGCCGGACCGCCGGCCACAGCGAGGCGGGCGGCAGCAGUGGUGACAGGCGGCGGGUGGGGCCAGAGAAGAGGCCCAAGUCUUCCAGGGAGGGCUCAGGGGGACCCCAGGAGUCCUCCCGGGACAAACGCCCCCUCUCUGGGCCUGACGUUGGCACCCCCCAGCCUGCCAGUCUGGCCAGCGGGGCGAAACUGGCGGCCGGCCGGCCCUUUAACACGUACCCGCGGGCCGAUACGGACCACCCGUCUCGGGGUGCCCAGGGUGAGCCUCGUGAAAUGGCCCCCAAUGGGCCAUCAGCGGGGGGCCUGCCUGUCCCCCAGUCCUCCUCCCGGCCUGCCACCCGCACCCGCGGCCCCCCCGGCCCUGGAGUGCUGGGCCCCCACGCCUCUGAGCCCCAGCUGGCCCCUCCAGCCCGCGCCCCUGCUGCCCCUGCUGCCCCCGGGCCGCCCGGCCCCCGCUCGCCACAGCGGGAACCGCAGCGAGUGUCCCACGAGCAGUUCCGGGCUGCCCUGCAGCUGGUGGUGGACCCAGGUGACCCUCGCUCCUACCUGGAUAACUUCAUCAAGAUCGGCGAGGGGUCCACGGGCAUCGUGUGCAUUGCCACCGUCCGCAGCUCGGGCAAGCUGGUAGCCGUCAAGAAGAUGGACCUCCGCAAGCAGCAGAGGCGAGAGCUGCUCUUCAACGAGGUGGUGAUCAUGCGGGACUACCAGCACGAGAACGUGGUGGAGAUGUACAACAGCUACCUGGUGGGGGACGAGCUCUGGGUGGUGAUGGAGUUCCUGGAAGGAGGCGCCCUCACUGACAUCGUCACCCACACCAGGAUGAACGAGGAGCAGAUCGCUGCCGUGUGCCUGGCCGUGCUGCAGGCCCUGUCUGUGCUCCACGCCCAGGGCGUCAUCCACCGGGACAUCAAGAGUGACUCGAUCCUGCUGACCCACGAUGGCAGGGUGAAGCUGUCAGACUUCGGCUUCUGUGCCCAGGUGAGCAAGGAGGUGCCACGGAGGAAGUCACUGGUCGGCACGCCGUACUGGAUGGCCCCGGAGCUCAUCUCCCGGCUUCCCUAUGGGCCCGAGGUGGACAUCUGGUCACUGGGCGUCAUGGUGAUCGAGAUGGUGGAUGGGGAGCCUCCCUACUUCAACGAGCCGCCCCUCAAAGCCAUGAAGAUGAUCCGGGACAACCUGCCUCCCCGACUGAAGAACCUGCACAAGGUGUCACCAUCCCUGAAGGGCUUCCUGGACCGCCUGCUGGUCCGCGACCCCGCGCAGCGGGCCACGGCGGCCGAGCUGCUGAAGCACCCGUUCCUGGCCAAGGCGGGGCCGCCCUCCAGCAUCGUGCCGCUCAUGCGCCAGAACCGCACCAGAUGAGGCCCGGCGCCUGCCCCUGAACCAAAGAGCCCCUCGGGUCAGCCCGGCCCUGCCAAGGCCAGUAGGGGGCCAGCCCCCGCUCUUCCCAGCCCAGGAGACACUCCAUGUGGCACCGCCCUCUUUGCUGGGGGGGCAUAUGGGACCCUACUACUGAACUCUGGUUUUGAUUUUAUGACUUUUAAAAAAUCACAGUGACUCAUGGGAGUAAGUGAGAUUCCCAGGACCUCCCUACCCUCGGGGACAGGCCCCCUCUGUGUUCUUCUGUCUCCAGGAAGGACAGGCGGCCCUCCCGUCACUGGAAGUCUGCAGCGGGGGUUGCUGGGGCGGAGAGAACACUAUGAAAGCGGUGCGUGUGUGCGUGCAGGUGUGUGUGUGCGUGUGUGUGCGUGCACGCUGAGGGUCCGGUUGCUCUGUCCUCCAGCCUGCAAGUGGGUGUCCCGGACACCUUGCCUGACACCCAGCCCCCCUCCCCCUGAGCCAUUGCGGGGGUCGAUCAUGAAUGUCCGAAGAGUGGCCUUUUCCCGUAGCCCUGCUCACCUCUCUGGAUGGGAGACGGGUUGGGGCCUCCCACCCACCCCAGCCUCUGCAGCAAAUGACUACUGCACCUGGACAGCCUCCUCUUUUCUAGAAGUCUAUUUAUAUUGUCAUUUUAUAACACUCAAGCCCCUGCCCCCACCUGGGGACAGAUGGUCCCUGUCCUUCGGGGUGGCACCGGAGACAGAACUACUGCCUGAAGAGUCAGGUUCCUGCACGGUCCGCGCAGCCCCGCCCACUCCCAUCUCGAGUUAGUUUUACAAUUAAAACGUUGUCUUGUUUUG